CCCUAAUUACACUCACCUUCUCUCUAGGGUUUUCCAUCUUUAGGAUCUGGAGAUUAGCUUUCGAUUUUUCUCAAUUCGACCGUCAAUCGUGUCGCCGUCGGAUUAGGGAGGUAGAUGGGCACAGAGAGAAAGAGGAAGGUGAGUCUAUUCGACGUUGUGGACGAGACGGCCGUGCCGGGGAAAUUUCCCAGGGCCAACGGCAGCGACAGAAUGGCCGCGGCGGCGCUGCCCUCCACGAUAAAUAAAUGGAACUCGAAGCCCUAUUCGCAGAGAUAUUAUGAGAUUUUGGAGAAGAGGAAGACUCUGCCCGUGUGGCACCAAAAGGAUGAGUUUUUACAGGUUCUUAGAGCUAAUCAGACGCUUAUCCUUGUGGGUGAAACCGGUAGUGGUAAAACGACUCAGAUUCCUCAGUUUGUGCUGGAUGCCAUAGAGCUAGAGUCAGCUGAUAAGCGCAAAAAGUACAUGGUCGGAUGUACUCAGCCUCGGAGGGUGGCCGCUAUGUCUGUUUCAAGGAGAGUUGCUGAAGAGAUGGAUGUGGCUAUUGGUGAAGAAGUAGGUUAUAGCAUUCGAUUCGAGGAUUGCAGCAGUGCUCGAACUGUUUUGAAGUACUUGACAGAUGGUAUGCUUUUGAGAGAAGCCAUGACCGACCCUCUUCUAGAGAGAUACAAAGUGAUAAUUCUUGAUGAGGCCCAUGAGAGGACUUUGGCAACAGAUGUUUUAUUUGGGCUUCUCAAGGAGGUGUUGAAAAAUAGGCCUGACCUUAAACUAGUUGUAAUGAGUGCUACUCUUGAGGCGGAGAAGUUUCAAGGUUACUUCUUUGGUGCACCACUAAUGAAAGUUCCUGGGAGGCUCCACCCUGUAGAAAUUUUCUAUACCCAGGAGCCUGAGAGAGAUUACCUUGAAGCAGCUAUAAAGACUGUGUGUCAGAUACACUUGUGUGAACCUCCUGGUGACAUUCUUGUCUUCCUAACUGGUGAAGAAGAAAUUGAAGAUGCUUGUAAGAAAAUUGGGAAGGAAAUAGCCAAUAAUGGGGAUCAAGUUGGACCGGUGAAAAUAGUCCCUUUGUACUCUACACUUCCUCCGGCAAUGCAGCAGAAGAUUUUUGAAGCUGCUCCACCACCUGCAAGGGAAGGUGGCCCCGCAGGAAGAAAGAUUGUUAUUUCUACCAAUAUUGCUGAAACAUCUCUUACAAUUGAUGGCAUAGUUUAUGUCAUAGACCCUGGUUUUGCAAAACAAAAAGUUUAUAAUCCUCGAAUUCGUGUUGAAUCUCUCUUGGUCUCUCCUAUAUCAAAGGCUAGUGCCCAUCAACGAUCUGGACGUGCUGGAAGAACACAGCCUGGCAAGUGCUUCAGACUGUACACAGAAAAGAGUUUCCAUAAUGACCUUGUACCGCAGACGUAUCCCGAGAUAUUAAGGUCAAAUCUUGCAAAUACCGUUUUGACUUUGAAAAAGUUGGGAAUAGAUGAUCUGGUCCAUUUUGAUUUUAUGGACCCGCCAGCUCCUGAGACACUUAUGAGAGCAUUGGAGGUCUUGAAUUACUUGGGAGCCCUUGAUGAUGAUGGGAACCUGACCAAGUUGGGUGAGAUUAUGAGUGAGUUUCCAUUGGAUCCUCAGAUGUCAAAGAUGCUGGUUGUUAGUUCAGAAUUCAAUUGUUCAAAUGAGAUCCUUUCAGUAUCUGCAAUGCUUUCAGUACCCAAUUGCUUCGUCCGGCCUAGGGAUGCUCAAAAAGCUGCUGAUGAAGCAAAAGCUCGUUUUGGUCACAUUGACGGAGAUCAUCUCACGCUGUUGAAUGUGUAUCACGCUUACAAACAAAAUAAGGAAGAUCCACAAUGGUGCUACGAGAACUUUGUCAAUCAGAGGGCUCUUAAAUCAGCGGACAAUGUCAGACAGCAGCUAGCUAGGAUCAUGGCCAGAUUCAAUUUGAAGCUCUGUAGCACAGAUUUUAACAGCCGUGACUACUAUGUCAAUAUCAGGAAGGCUAUGCUUGCUGGAUACUUCAUGCAGGUUGCCCAUUUAGAGCGCACUGGCCACUAUCUUACUGUGAAAGACAACCAAGUUGUUCACUUGCACCCUUCAAAUUGCCUGGAUCAUAAACCUGAGUGGGUUAUAUAUAAUGAAUAUGUUCUCACAAGCAGGAAUUUCAUUCGUACCGUGACAGAUAUUCGUGGUGAAUGGUUGGUUGACAUUGCACCGCAUUACUAUGAUCUCUCAAACUUCCCCAACUGCGAGGCAAAGCGGCAGCUGGAAAAACUGUAUAAGAAGAGGGAGAAUGCAAAGGAUGAAAGUCGAAGUAAGAAAUGAAGAGAAGUCCCACUUAGCUCUGAUGAGAGCGAAUGGAGAAGAGCAUUAUAGAUGUGAGAGCUUCAAUUGUAUUUUAAGAUUGAAGAAACCUUAAAAUAUAUCUUGUUUGUAUGGAUAUGCUGGAAUUUAUACCUCCUUGUGGUAAAAGAGUUGUAUUGCUUUA